AUGAUGUCUUCUCAGGAGAAGAUGGCCUCUCUCGCCGUAGUCGACUACGAAGCCCUCGCAAACAAAGAUCCCGCAGAGGUCCAGAAGCUAGUGACAGCCUGCCAAAGCGUGGGAAUGUUCUACCUAAACCUCCGGGGUCCCAGCACGAACACCGUCUUUGAGGACAUACCCACCAUCUUCAAAACCGGGCAUGCCUUCUUCAACCUUCCCCACGAUAGCAAGGAAAAGACACAAAGCGCUCGCGAGGGAAUGGAGCGAGGGUAUGAGAAAAUGUCGAGACGCGUUGAGCUCCUGCUUAUUACUGACGGUUUCUCCUUCAAAUACGUAGUUAUCAUGCCGGCAAGGGGUUCGAAUAUUACGAGGUCAAUUGCGCGUGAUGAGUAUCAACUUGGCAAAUGGAUCUUACCCGCCACUUUCGAGCCGGAAAAGGAGCGCAUCACCCGCACCAUCAAUUCCUUUAACCGUGCCAUUCAGACGGUCAUUGCCGAGCUCUGUGCUGCCCUGGAUAUCAGCAUCCCUGAGUUGAGCGAUGAUCCCGCCAUCCCCAGCGAUACGGCUCUCAAGCUGUUGUACAAGCCUCCAAUGCACGAGCCUGGCCACGUUAUUCACCCGUGGCACACGGAUUUCGGCCUCGCCACACUGCUAUGGUAUGACGAGGUGACGACCCAGAUACCCAUCUACGACAAGGAGGGGAAGCAGACGGAGGACUGGGAGACGGUCCCCGUCAUCGACGGCACUGUCCUCAUCAACAUUGCGGAUGAGCUUGCAGCUAAAUCUGGUGGGCGCCUGCACUCGACUGUGCAUCGCGUCGUCGCUCCACCAGGACCUAAGAGGGUGAGGAACGGAAUUAUCUAUCUUUUGCGGCCGUACAAGGUGUAG